AUGGACAUCACCGAUUAUUUGUGCAGUGUGUCAACUCUACCCUACAUGCAAACAAAAAGACCUAACCGAAUCAGACGGCCUUCUCAGCCCCGAAUGGGACCCAAUCGAGUUCGAACCUCGGGGAGAGCGGUUUCAAACCCGCAGCCAACCAGUCAAAUGCAUUCGAGCCAUAUGUCUGAUCCCCCGCGAGCGUAA